GGAUUCUGCUAAGACAGAGGAAAUACUUUGUUACUGGAAUUUAAACCUAGCAGUUAUCAAGCUGACUCCACCCACCUCAUUCUUAAUGGAUUAGCUCACAGCAGGAGCCCCCAAAGCUGCUUUGCUAUAACAUGGAGUGCAGCGGUGGAGGGAGACAUUCUCUAACUGACAGACAGAGACGCUAACUUAGUGUACUACAAUUGUAAAGACUCCUCUGACACUAUCAAUGUGAAGCUGAAGAACAGCAGAGCUAAACAAAAGCACAAAGGAUCUGAGAACACUGCAUUUGGAGCAAGUCAUGAACUAUUCCUGUCUUCUAAAUUUUACGGAUACCCAGAGAUCCAUUGGAAUUUCGUUUUUGGCUUUCGCCUUCCUUCUUGGAUUUCCAGGGAACCUAUUUGUGGUGUGGACUGUUUUAUUCCAGCUACGGAAACGAUCUGUGACAUCAAUCCUUGUUCUUAAUUUGGCAGCCGCGGAUGCGGUAGUUCUGCUGACUGCUCCUUUCUUUAUUCAUUUCCUGGCAGUCUGUACUUGGGAGUUUGGAGAUGCAUGGUGCAAGACUCUUCAUUACAUGUGCUGUGUCAACAUGUAUGCCAGUGUUUACCUCAUUGCCUUCAUGAGUUUGGAUCGCCUUAUGGGAAUAGCCAAACCCUUCCUAUCGCAGAAGGUGAGAACAAAGUCAAAAGUAUCAAAGGUGAUUUUUCCUCUGUGGGUUGCGGCUUUUCUUUUUUCACUGCCAAUGGUGUUUUAUCGGAAAGUAUUUGACGUGAAUGGAGCAUUCAUUUGCAAGCCUUCUCAUUCACAUUAUAAGGAGGAGAUUUUUCAAUACCUGUUUGAAACUCUUUUAUGCUUUAUAAUUCCUUUCAGCAUUAUGGUAGGAAGUUACAUUCAUAUAAGCCGUAAGCUCAAGAAUGGAAGAUUUAGAAUACGAUCCCGGAAGAGAGUCAAUAGACUAAUUUUGUUGAUUGUUAUUUCUUUUGCCAUAUGUUGGAUGCCUUAUAAUAUGAUCAACAUUGUUCAGGUGACUGGACAUCUGGUUAAUAAACCACUUAGUGACACACUUUUAACAGCUUCCAAAAACCUGCGUCCUGUCGUGACUGCCUUUGCCUUCAUUAGCAGCAGCAUUAACCCAAUUCUUUAUACAUUUGCUGGAAGUGCCUUCAUCAGGACUUCAGGGAUGAAGUUUAUUGCCAGACUCCUUGAGGGCAAUACUGAGCUAACUAGUGUAAGGAAACCUACCAAGCCAAAUGAGGAUAAAAACAAAAAAGCAACAAACGGGGGCUCUGUAGUCCUUCAUCAAAUGCAAAACGGUGAGACGAGAAAUGUUACCAUAGAAUCACCUGAAAAAAAGUGAAGAUUAUUGCUGCCAUUAAGUUUGUAUGAAACAAAUUAUGAAAAGAAUAUCACGUGCAAAAAGACCAGUUUCAGUAAAUAAAUGACUUCUUUCAUCAACACACUUAUUGUCAUAUAAAGAAAAUUUGUGACUGUGAUGCAUUCUUAUGCACAACAAAUGGUUUUCCUAAAUAUGAGAGGUGUUGUCAUACAUAAUCCACUGUAAUUUAAAAAGACAGAAAAUAGUGGUUGAGGCUUUCAACCUCAGCAAUAAUGAAAGCAUUUCCGAAGUGGUUUAAUUGUAAAUCAUGUAUUUAUUGACAGAAAAUGAAGUUGAGGUAUUUUUA